GUGGGACCCGCCCUCGUCCCCUUUCUUCUUCUUGUUCCCUGCCCCCCUUUCUCUUCUCGCGCAAUCGAAGAAGCAGACGGCGGAGCAGAGCCGAGCCCUCGAAUCCUGCCGCGUCGCGUCGCAUCGCCCUGUCCCAUCCUGGACUCGAUCCGAGGUACUUUUUGGGAAGGGUGUGGGGAACUGAUGCGGAGCUCUUGCGCAGGAAGGUUAUCGAAUCAAGUCUCUCGAUCACCAUGGUGCCCAGAGAUAGGGCGCAUGGCGCCGCCGCGGCCCCGACGGAGAAGCUCGUUCAAGGGCCUAUCUUGAACAAGUGCGAAAAGAAGGCUCCCAAGAAAGUGCAUAAAUCUGAGAGGGAGAAACGAAAGCGGGACAAGCAGAAUGAUCUCUUUGGUGAGCUUGGAAAUAUGCUAGAACCUGAUAGGCAGAACAACGGGAAGGCAUGCAUAUUGAGCGACACUACUCGAAUACUUAAGGAUCUACUUUCACAAGUAGAAUCUCUUCGACAGGAGAAUGGUGCACUGAAGAAUGAAUCUCGUUAUGUUGCAUUGGAGAGAAAUGAACUACUGGAUGAAAACAACAUGAUCCGCACUGAAAUCUCGGAACUGCAAAAUGAGCUGAGGAUGCACAUGGAAGGCAACCCUAUCUGGAGUCAUGACGUGACAAGGUCAAAUCGUACAGUGCCUCAUCCCGCAACCACGGUAUUUGCACUGCAACAUUUGUCGCAUCCAGCAGUCACUACAACAAUGGCACCCCCUCUGCAACAGCUAGCAGUCCUUGAUCAAUCUUAUACUGCCCCAGCAGUCAGUACAACAAUGGCACCCCCUCUGCAACAGCUAGCAGUCCUUGAUCAAUCUUAUACUGCCCCACGGCGGGAGCUACAGCUCUUCCCUGAAGCUGCAUCCACUGAAGAUACUGAACCACCACAAGACCAGGGGAUCUCUAAUCAUGUGAUGCGGCCGCAGGCAAGAUACCCAACAACAAUGGCCACUUUGCCUGUACAUGUAUAUCCAAUCCUUCCUAGAAUGGAAGAUGAGCAAUGUAGCAGUGGCACUACUGGUAGUGGAGAGGAAGGUGGUGUAGGCAACCAUUAACAGCUUAAGUACAGAAUGAGAGAUCUGGUCGAAACCUGAGAAGUUUCUUAGUUGUAUCUUGCUAUAGCUAGUGUGCUAAAGAAAAUUAUACGUCUCUGUGCCUCCGUGUGUAAAUAUCAUUUUACUCUGUAUCAGCUGAACUUACUCGUCAACUAGUUACUUUGAUGGGAGCAAUCUAUCUUUUUUAGUCUGUUGUGUCAGGCCAAAGUUCAAAGAGUAAAUACCAGAUAAUAGAAAACAUGUUAAUCA